GGUCUACAUGCAGUACAUGUGCUUGGGAGUGUCAUUAUUGAAGAACAAUUUGUUCAAAAACACUCAAAUAACCUUUUCAACCACAGGAUGAGGAUGUUUUUUCCUGCGUUAAACUAAUCGACACACAUGCUAUGUACCCUGUACAUAUGUUCAGUCUCCCCCCAGAACCCGAAUACAACGUCACAAACCCUGCAAACGGACUUUCCGAACACGUAAUAGGUUAUUUUCUUUGCAAUCUCAUUUUCCGAUCUUCCGGAAUGGACUUUUCAUUAACUUUUUCAUUUGAAAGUGGCACGCUGGUCCUAAUUUAUAUGGGUAUAUGGCAGAAUUAUUAUAUGUUCUUUUAAUCUCAGUAAUGAAAUCUGACAGGAAUUAUCUGAUCCAUGAAAAUACGUUUUAUCUGAAAUGAUAAGGAAGAUGUUUUGAAAUCAAAAAGAACGAAUGAGGUGAAUUAGAAAUAUCUGUCAAAGCAAAUGUGCAGAAUCUAAUUGCUGUCUCAUGGUAAAACAGCACAAAAGAUGGUCAAGAUGAAUUUGGGCUUUGGCUCAUCCACACCAAAGGAAUAAUUUAAUAGUUUAUUUAUUUGUUUAUUCAAGAUUAACAGUCAGCAAUACACCUACAGUAUGAGUCCCCAAGUAAUAAAAAGACAACUAUCUAUAACAUUUACAUGUUGAAAACCUGAGUAAUCACACAAAAAAGAAAUGGAAGAAAUUGGAUUUUGCUGCAACUGAAGAGGUUUUCUUAAAUAGGAAACAGAAACAUCAACUUGCCACAUAAUUUCUUAAGAUGAUAUGUAGACAGUUAUUACACACCCUGUAAUGCACAAAUGAAUAUACAAUAUGAACACAUACAUACAUACACACACACACACACACAUACAGAUACACAAACGCCAACACCCAGUGGGGAAACAGUCUGCCUUGCUGAAUUUCCACUAAAUGUCAUGCUAAACAUUAUAAAAGGGGUGACCCGAACAUUUUCCAGAGCAUUCAACCUAAUAAUUGCUCUCUCACUUGCAUCUAGCUGACACUCGCACAACAGAGGCACCACAAAGGCCUUUGCUGAGGAGAAGGAUUAAGUUUAAGCACACACAUAGAGUGAAGGUCUCCAGGAAAAGCGCGACAGACAAAGAAAGGUGUGGGAGAAGGAUCACCCAGACAACAGAUGUAAAGGGAAUGCUUCAAAAUGGUGCUGGAACACACAAAGGUGGAGAUAAAUGGAGUAGUCGCCAAAAUCAGUACCAAGAGCAAGACCGUUCUACCUUUUCCAGCAUGCAGAUGAAGGCCAGAGGAAGCAGUUCAUCUCUGAUCUCAUGCAAACCCAUGGCUACAAAGGUAUCUGUUUCCUUGGACAGUGAUUUCAGAGGCUCUGGCUCAUCUCACAUUCAAACGUCCACUCUACAACAGCAGCCUGCCAGAGAAAUCACAAGCAAACAUCUCAGACAGCACAGACCAUCAGUACUACGCAAAGGCAACCAGCCAUUCCCACAAGCUUGUGGUGUUCAUGACUGGGUUGUGGACACAGUGUGUAAGACAGAACCUGACAGUGACCUGUCAGACCCUGUGCCACUUUACACCAACCAAUCUGAAAGUCCUCCGCCUGACAGCACAGAGCAUACUGGGAAGCAUGCAUACAGUCUUCCAGGUGACUUUCUGUGUGUUAAAGGACAAUGUGGAUGGCCUGGGUGCUCAAAGAGCAGAGAAGUGUUCAAAGAAUAUGGACAUUUCUUAAAACACCUUUCUACUGACCAUGCUCCUGGGGACAGAAGUAUAGCCCAGUUUAGGAUGCAGAAAGACAAAGUACAAUACAUGGAGAAUCAGUUGAUUGCAGAGAAACAGAAACUACAGGCUAUGCAGCUACACCUAUUUGACGUCAAAUCUACCUCUGAGGAUGGUAACAGUGUGGAGAAGUCAGGACAUCUGUCAGAACUCCUGCAACCUGCAGCAUGUCAGAACGCAAAUGGUGUCUAUGACAGUGACAGAGCGGCAGCUGAAGCACUAACACAAGGAUACUGGCAGAUCUCUACCUCACAAGUUAUACCAGGGAUUAUCCCCAGUUUUGAGUAUUAUAAGUUCACAAACAUGAGGCCACCUUUCACCUACGCCUCCAUGAUACGAUGGGCGAUACUGGAGUCUCCAGAGAAGCAGCUUACUCUGAAUGAAAUCUAUCACUGGUUUACCCGCAUGUUUUUCUACUUUCGUCACAACACUGCCACAUGGAAGAAUGCUGUUCGGCAUAACCUCAGUCUUCAUAAGUGCUUUGUGCGCGUUGAAGGAAGAAAAGGUUCUGUUUGGACUGUGGAUGAAGAGGAGUUUCUGAGAAGAAAAGGACAAAAGUUUCACAGGGAUCAGGAUAUGGGCUGGAUGGCACCUUUUAACGUGUUUCCUGUGACUCCACAAGGUGAAACUUAUCAGAUGCGAGGCCCAAAUGGACUCUCAUGAAGAGAUUACAAUCAAAUUUCAACCAAUAACAAUAUCAACAACUUUAGUAGGAAUGAUAAAUAUUAUAAUAGUUUAAAAUGGUGGUUUUAAACAUAUAGCUGGCAGUCUGUUUCAGACAGUUUUUAUUUUUAUUUUUUGGAAAAAAUAAUAAUUUGUGUAAGGAAUUAUGAAGUUUGCAUAAUCCAAAAAUAAAGUUAAGUAGUGGGUGUUCAGCAAACUUUUCACUAUCCUUCUUGCUUUUAAAUGUACUGAUUAAAAAGUACUAAAUGCGUUUUUUAUAAAGCUUACAAUUGUAAAACAAUAAUGAUACUAAGGGCAUCUGUAUGUAAAUACAUUUAGUAUGGUACUUAAUUUAAUAUUGCUAAUUGUUCUUAAACAAUAACUGUACAUUUUCUCUCUUUGAAUUAAUGUCUUAAAAUAUGUUAUUCAAAUAAAGGUCCAAACUGAAACGCAA